CUUAAGUGUGCCAGUUUUAAACACCAAUUCGAGAGACGAUGAUGAUGAAGUUUACGUUCCUUGUGCUUUUUGUUUUGGUUCUCGGCUGUCAUGGAAAAGUGUCAGAUAAAGAAUAUGCAUCGAUGCCCGAUGUAUUUUACAUGGACAACUACGACAAAUGCAUGAUGAGAGGUGACGAAAGUUUUUUUUGCUCCUUUGACUAUCAUUUAGAACCAUUAGACUCGAAGAAUAUUUCGGACACAUGGAGAAUUAUACAAGACGUCAUCUCCGACAGAAUGAACUACAGACAUGACCGUCUUAGACAUUACAUUUGUGUACGAGAUCAUUGUCCGGGUAUUCCCAUUAUGGACGAAAACGACCCCGAACUGUGGAGGCUAAUCGAAGACUGUUACAACGAAAAAUAUGAGCACAUGGGGCUGAAAGGGAAAAUUACACGAAUGAUGUGUGAUACGGAAACGACCAAUAGAUAUCCAAUUGGUUACUUUGAAAUACUCGUCGCGAUAUUGCUUAUUUCGUACUUUGGUUACGUCAUAUUUGCAACGUUCCUGGAGGGAGUAUACAGAUACAAGUCGGAAGAAGAAUAUAAUAAGUUUGUGAACUCACCAUUUGGAAAAUUCGUGGCACCCUUUUCGUUAACCAUAAAUUGGAUACGACUGAAAGCUGUAAAGGACGGACAUCCCGAUAUCGAAAGGCUGAGGUGCAUACAGGGUGUCAGAACUUAUAACUUAUUGUUGGUCAUUCUUUCGCAUACAGCUUUGUCAAAUUUGAGUCUGCCACUUUCAAACACAAGAUAUGCAGAAACCGUUACAGAAAAAUUUUUGAACAUUUUCCUGUCUAGUGGACCGUUGUGUGUCUCAACGUUUUUCUUGAUGGCAGGCUUUUUGUUGGCUUACGGAUUGUUCGACUAUUCAGAGGGAAAGAAGGAAUUAAAGCCAAAGGAAUUGGCAAUGAUAUUCAUUAACCGGUGUAUAAGGUUAACACCUACCCUUGCUUUUGUGUUAAUCAUCCACGCAACGUGGCUUCCUCAUGUCUCCAACGGACCACUUUGGGAUCAGUAUAUAGGAAAUGAGUACAGAGUAUGUAGAAAGAACUGGUGGACAAAUCUACUUUACCUUCAUACUUAUGUUAACAGUGAAGAAAUGUGCAUGAUGCAGACUUGGUACUUGGCCGUAGAUACUCAAUUUUUCAUAUUGGGGCUCGUACUAAUCUACUACAUGAAAAAAUAUGAAAACAAAAUUCCAUUAAUAUUAGGAUCCUGUUUGGGACUACACAUUGUCUUCACCUUCAUUAUGAAUUACAUUUAUGAUUAUGAAGCUACCAUUUUCCCUGAACCAGAGAUCUACUAUAAUAUACAGUUGCAAAAGUUAGGCCAGUGGCAUUCUCAACUCACAGCAUCCUACGGAAAUAUUCCAGGUCUAGUUGUUGGUAUGGCAUAUGGAUAUGCUUACUACAAAUACAAGAAUGUUAAAAUAUUUACUAGUACUAGGUCCGUAGUGUUUUGGUGGUUUACAGUGCUGUUGUUGCCAUUAGGAAUCAUCAUAUUCCCAGGAUUGAUUAUAUACGAUCCAAACACACCUAAGAAUAUAUUCUGGGCGUCGGUUUAUAUAUCACUUUGCAGAACUGUAUUCACCACUGGAAUAGGUCUGGUUAUUUUCGGAGUUUCUCAAGGUAUUGGAUGGAUAGCCAAGAUGAGCCUGGAAUGGAGGCCAACCUAUAUUUUGGGAAGGAUAGUGUACAGUUCAUUUUUAAUUCAUGUAGCUCUCAUUAAAAUUCGUCCAGCCUUAAAACGAUAUCCAACAUACCUUGAAGAUUUCAUUAUAGUGUCCGAUUUGCUCUGUGAUAUUUUCACCGCUUUCCUUUCUGGUUUACUGCUAACAUUAUUUGUGGAAAUGCCCAUAUCAGAAUUACAGAAGUUGUUGGUUCCACAAAAGCGAAGUAAGGGAGAACAACAACAACAAGAAAAACAAGAACAAGAGGAUGAAAAGAAAAAAAUAAAAUAAAAAUUUAA